UCUCCCCGCGCCGCCGCCGCCCGCAGAGAUUGAGGGGAACCGGAGCCGCUGCCGCCGCCGGAGCCGCUGUCGCCGCCAUGGGGGUGGAAGGCUGCACUAAGUGCAUCAAAUACCUUCUCUUCGUCUUCAACUUCAUCUUCUGGCUGGCUGGAGGCAUCAUCCUGGGAGUGGCCCUGUGGCUCCGGCAUGACUCACAGACGACGAAUAUCCUCUACCUGCAGCUGGGGGACAAGCAGGCCCCCAACACCUUCUACGUUGGAAUCUACAUCUUGAUUGCAGUCGGAGCUGUCAUGAUGUUUGUGGGGUUCCUGGGAUGCUACGGUGCUAUCCAGGAGUCUCAGUGCCUGCUGGGAACGUUCUUCACUUGCCUGGUGAUCCUGUUUGCCUGUGAAGUUGCGGCUGGAAUUUGGGGAUUUGUCAACAAAGACCAGAUAGCCAAAGAUGUGAAGCAGUUCUAUGAUCAAGCGUUUCAGCAGGCGCUGAUGGCAGAUUCAGACACGAACAAUGGGAAAGCUGUUGUGAAGACCUUUCAUGAAACGCUGGACUGCUGUGGUCCUGAUAGUGCAAUGGGAACUAUCACUCCCCUGUGGAGAGAUGACCUCUGCCCAAAGAAGGACUUCAUGAAAAAUCUUUUUGAGAACCCGAACUGCCACAAAAAAAUCGAUGAGCUGUUCUCUGGAAAGCUGUACCUAAUCGGCAUUGCUGCCAUCGUGGUUGCCGUGAUCAUGAUCUUCGAAAUGAUCCUGAGCAUGGUGCUGUGCUGUGGCAUCCGGAACAGCUCUGUCUACUAAGCCGUGAGAGCAGGGAGGGGAAGGGGGGAGCAGGGCAAGAUGGCGCUAGAGGGGACCCCAAGUGCCACCAAGUGACCAGGAGACAUUUCAACAAAAGACAAAGACAACUGUGUAUAUAACUACUUCCAAUAUUACCAUGCAGUACUUAUCAUUCUUAUUUUGAAGUACUUUUUUUUUUUGAUAAAUAAAACUUUCCCGUAUCCUUGUGGCUGACUUAGUUACACAUCAGUUUUGUGUGAUGGGGAAAGCUGCUGUAGCAGGAGAUGGAGUCCUUCCUCCCCUUUCCCCACCCCUCAUAACUCAGAAAUAGUGUUGGUGGAAGAUGUACAGAGGAGAAGGCUGCAGCCUGUUAUCAGAAAUCUUUGCCUUGGUUUUUACUCUUUUUCAACACCGACAUUUUUUUAUAGACGUCAUUGGAUGCUGAAGCAGAGUUUAGCAUGUUUGUUCAUUUGUACUUGUCUUUUCCUACCAUCACCCCAUCUCCCUGGCAUUUCCAAGCUGUUCAUAGAGAAGCCUGGUUGACUGCCUGAUGCCUGGGGAGAGGAGAGAAAACAGCCUCCGCCGCCUGAGUGCGACGCGUCCCGGCGGUUCCUCUCUGGCCUGUGUGUAUCCUCAGGUCAAUCCUUCACAGAAGUCACAAACAAAUUUUUUAACUCUCUGAAGAGUGGGGGUGGUUUUGGCUUUUAGUUUUUAUAUUUUUGUUGGGUUUGGGUUUUUUUCUUGGGGUUAUGACUUUACAAAAUGGCUAGUUUCCACUGAUUCGUUACACUAAAAGGUCAGUGGCUGGGGGUCAAUUUUAGUCCCAGUUUUUAAAAUAUAACAAGUUGAAAAUUAAGUCACUGUUUUAGCCUCCUUCAAUGUUUCUUUAUAGACCUAUGUUUUUGAGAAUGUCUAGCUCUGUACUAAGUUUCCACUGUUAAGCUAACGCUUGCAUACAAAUGAUAUUAGAGUAAAAACCCCUUAAACCUUAGGAAUCCUGCAUUUGUGUACUGCGGGAUGACACCUGGGGGUUCCCAGCCAUACGCGUAUGUGUUUCAAAUUUCAUCACUCUCUUGUUCAAUGAGAUUCUCCUUACUAAGGGCGUAUUGUCACACACUGUAACAUUGCUGGGACGUUGUCAUAACCUGAUCUGGGGGGAAAAAAAAAGUUUAUUUUUAAGUCCUUCCACUUCCAGUUCUGUUGACAGCAGGAGAUCAGCUUAUCAAAGCGAGGGAAUUCAGGAGUUUAGAUCACACCACUUGGAACACUUUCCCGUGACCUUGUAAGCUUUGAUUGCCAAUUCGAUGCCUGCGGCUUCUGUUGUACGGCACUCCGUUACCAUGUAGAUAGAGAGGGAGAGUGACCCAGGAGCUAUGUAAGAAAAUCAGAGUGUCUCUAAAAAGAGGAUCUAUAUGUAUAGUUCUAUAGAUAUAUAUUUUUAAGCAAAGCCUUUUCCUUAGCCGUACAGGCACCAGAGCUGGAAAUGAUAGUAUCUCUCAGCUCUUUGCCACCUUGAAGCAGGUAAGGGGAGGAGUUGAAACUUGUGAUCACCUUCCUCACUUCAGGAGUAUUUCUGUUUCUUAAAGUAUUUCACUCUCUCCUGUCAGAUGGUUCAGGGAGAGAGACCCAUGGUCAUGUUAUACUAGGACCUUAUCCACUGCACAUGGCUGCUGUAGCCUUUGCCACUAUGAGAUAGGAAAUUCCUGCACUGGGGAAAACUGAUCUAUUCAGAGGCUUUUCCUCCCUUCUGCUCCUCCCUUUCCCCUUCCUGCCUUUUAGAAUAUAGGGCCUUUAAAAAGUAUAUAGGUAAAUAUAUAUAUAUAUCAAGUUGUGCUGGGUAAGAGGAGGAAGUGCUUCAAGAGAGCUUCGGAUUGAGGGGUUGGACAAGGAAAGAUUCAGCCUUAGAAACAGCCUUAAAGCAACACUGCCCUGAAUGUCCUCGUUGUGCACAUCAAGAAUGAGACGAGGUUUUGCAGUAGGUAACCCCUUCCCUCUCUCCCCAGCGUAGCUCCUUCAGGUCAUCUACUUCAUUAUGUGGCUAUACGUGUAUGCAUCAACCAAGCAUGUGUGUUUACAUAUAUGUGCAUCGGGAUUGUUAGCAUACAGAAUGGAUGUGUAACUUGCCGCCUUCUUUUUGUUGACUGUUGAUAAAUGUGUAUAAAUAUGCCAUUAAGCAUUUCAAUUCUGUUUUCUUUCCUUAUACUGUAUUUUUUAUAUUGUUCAGUAUUCAGUUGAUGCUGUGGAUGUAGCUGGAGCUCUGUUUGAAGAUGGCCUGGGUCUUGAUGCAGGUCAGGUCCUUGGACAUGGUGGCUUUAGGGGUCUGAGUUGUCCUAGGCAGGAGCAAUUGGGAGAAAGUGGUACUUGAAGAGGGAGUCUGAGAGCUGUGAGAGGAAGAAGAGCAGGACAUUCUCUCAGACCAUGUCCUUCACAGGCUGCAGUUUGCUCUCUGGGUCAUUUCAGAGGUGACUUGUCACUAUGCUCCCUGAGCCACCUUCCUGUCCUGGCAGCUGCUGCAGGAAAGGUGCUACAGGAGAGGAACAGCCAACAGCUGUGAAGGUCAUGGGAGGGGGCAGGGGGAAUUUUGUAGGGAGAGGGUAAUGCUCUCUUUAGUUACUAGCUGAGAGUCCCUUUUCUUGGUGGAAUGGUCAUCAGCUGUAGCAGGAGGGGUCAGCCCUGGGAGAAGAGGGACAGGGAGGAACCCUCAUGCUUAAAAAUGAUGCAGUAUCCAAGAAACCCUCACAGAAAAAACUACCCACUUGGGCCCCCUCUAGUCUGGCCUCCUGUGAAGCUGGACCUGAGUUAAGGUAAACUAGAGAAGGAGCUGUAAAGGGCUGAAGGGACUCUCCCUGUUGCAAGCAUUCAGCAUCCAAAAGCAACAGGGCUCUUCUGCCAGGUGGUUGGUCUCAAAGCUGGCUGAGGUGAAGGGGAGAAGCCUCCUAGGUAGGACCCCUGCCCUGCUUCAGAGCCUGUCUUGAACAUUUGUGUGGGCAAUGUGAGGCCCCGUCUUGCUCUUCUCCAGACCUUCAAAAACCAAGGGUGAAAUUAUGGGCUGUAAAUACAAAGGCCUCCCUCUCCAGGGAAGCAUCCUCCUGGAGCUAGUAACAGCCAAGAAGACGGCUGAGAGCUGAGGCAGGGAGGAGGGGAGAGGCUGCUGGGGAAGAGGAGAGUCAACUGUCCAGGCCUGAGUUCAAAGACCACAGCGAAAGGUCAAACAGAGCUGCUGACAGCCAAACUGAAUGCUCGGGAUCUUUCCAUACUGUGGAGCAUGCCACAAAGCAGUGUGUUUAACUUCUUUCUGCCUUUGUUGUUUUUUUUUUAAAAAGAAAUGAAACAAAAUCGAUUUAAUAAACAUUUCUCAUAGUGUG